CGGCCAGCCAAGCGGCGAAAGGUCCGCAAGGGCACUCGGUCUUGCUGGGAAUGCAAGCGGCGCAAGAUCAGGUGCAUUUUCGAAUCCCUGGGCCAUGACGUCUGUCUCGGAUGCCAGCGACGCCGCGCGCCUUGUGUCAGCCAGGAUUUGCCCGAAGAGCUGGCUCCGGAAAAAAAGGGCAACCGCCAUCUCGGCGAGCGCAUUGCACGGGUCGAGGAGCUCAUGAAAGAUCUUCUUGCCAGCAACGAGGCCGGCGUAGCCGUAGCCCAUGCCAGCAGCACUAGUGGCCCCGAGGCAGAAGCAGAGGGCUUACGGCAACACCGGCAGCACCGGCUAUCAGAGUCGGACGCCUCGACAGCUCGCUCCGAGAAUUCAGCCACCCCGACAAACGAAGCCCCUGUCACGUAUACAGAGAGCCUUGAAGACACCGGGACGGCCUCAUCACUUGAACCCGACCCGUACGCUGUCUUGAGAUCAGACCUGCCAGAUACCAAAACAGCGCGCGAACACUUGCUUGCGGCUCUUCCUUGCCAAAACGACGCCGACUGCAUAAUCAGAGAGAGCACCAGGAUGCCCAUUUAUACCCAGUUAGCUCUCACACAGCCGCAUAGCAGACUGACACGCGAGGAGCUCGCAGAAGCGCGUUGCGAAGUUAGACUCCCUCCCCGGAAUAGCCACCCGGUCCUGCUGGCCAAAUCCAUGCUCAUGCUCGCCCUCACGCUCCAGAGCCCGAGAAGCAAAAGGCUCGUUGGCCUGUCCGAACCCCCAGACACAAUAAUGCGUCGUUUGGUGGCGGCUGCAACGACAUGGGUGACCACCAAGGCGGAGAUGCAGGGCACCGUCGAGAGCCUGGUUUGCGUUCUUCUCGAGGGUGCCUUUGAGACAAACUGCGGCAAUCUUCGGCGGGCAUGGGCAGUCUACCGCCGAGCCAUGACGUUCGCCCAAAUGAUAGACCUCCAGCGCCCUCUCAAAUGUCUCGACCCGGCGACCGAUGCCAAACCACAGGCAAUGUGGUUCCGCAUCGUUUACAUGGACCGCCAUCUCAGCCUGCUGCUCGGUCUUCCUCAGGGGUCGUCGGACACGAACAUGGCGAACCUGGCGGUCUUGCAGGGAGAGCCGCCGCUGGGAAAGUUUGACCGCCUUCUCACGCUCGCCGCAUGCCACAUACUCGAGCGCAACGAGCGCCCCUUUACCCCGGAUGACCUCAAGACAACCCAGUCCAUCGACUCCAAGCUGCUGGGGGUGUCGAAGGGCGUGCCGGCGAGCUUUUGGCGGCCCGUGACCUUCCAGGGUCUCGUCGUGGGGCAGCCCGACACCUUCCUGGAGACGUUGCGCCUGGAGUCCCAGGUGUGCUACUUUGGCCUGCUGAUCCAGCUGCACCUACCUCACAUUGUGCCCGCCGACCGCAGCAGAGACAACGUGACGCCCGACAACGAGUACUCCAAGAUGACGUGCGUCAGUGCCAGCCGCGAGGUCCUGGCGCGCUUUAUCGCUCACCGGAGCUUCAACCCGGCGUCGUCGUGCUCACGGCCCGUCGACUUCUUCGCGCUGCUGGCGGCCAUGACGCUGCUGGUGGUCCACCUCGACGCCCAAUUCCGCCGGGAAGCGGUCAACGUGCUCGCCCACCAGCGCCUGAGCGACCGCGCCAUGCUCGGCCAGGCCCUCGAGUGUAUGGAGUCCAUGCGCGACGCUAACGGCGACGCCGUGGCGGACGACAGCGCCGAGCUGGUCCGCCGGCUACUCGCCAUCGAGGCCGACGCCGCCGGGGUGCAAGACGAGCGAACAAGUGCAGGCAGCAGAGAGCUGCGCCUACGCGUUCCCCGUCUCGGCAUCAUCACGAUUACGCGGCAGGGCCCG